ACAAGUUGCUCAGUUUUGUUCCGGAGCUACCUAGCAGAAUUCAAGGAGCUACCAUGGUCUCGUGACAAUUUGUACAAACAUCCAAGAGGGCCAAUCCGAGACAUCAAUGAAGAUCUCUGUAGUUUUGAAGUUUGCUUUUGUGGCCCUGUCUGUUUUUGAAUGCUGUGUAUCAGCCGCACACUUCAAGCCUCGGGAAGAUCCAAGAGAUGCUGAACAUAAAAGACAAUUUAUGCACAAAACCAAAGAAGUUUUCGAGAACUCAAGAGUGUUUCCCAAAAUGGAUUCCCAGAAUUCUGGAAAAAACGGGCUGAACGAGUUACGAGACAAGGCAGGAAACCGUCUCGAGGAUCAACUCUUGCCUCUUGAGCCAGGAUCCAUCGCUUUUGUAAAGGUCGUGGCACUGAUGGACAACCAACCGCUCCGUGACUCGGAAGUUCAACUGCCUAAAGGGAAUCUAUUAUUGAAGAUCAUUCUGAGUGAUGGCAAAGUGCAUCAAGCGAAGCUGAAAGGAAUCAAAAAGCAAGGUCAUCAUUACGAAAAAGAGUUGAACGCCGUAAGUGAUUUUAAUCCGCCACUCAUCUGCACUCGUAAAGAAAUAAGAAAAUUGCCACUACAAUCUAAUAGAACAUGUUCAACUUUGGACAGAGCCAAAUGCACUUAUCCCCAAUUUGUUGAUGGUAAAACGUACCGUUUGGCAAUAGCCGUCAAUGGACAAACUCCUGGACCUACCUUAAUAGUUCACGAAGGGCAAGAAGUUAUUAUUCAUGUUCACAACAAUCUCACCACUGAAGGUAUUUCAAUUCACUGGCAUGGGAUGCAUCAGAAAGGAACUCCUUGGAUGGAUGGUGUAGGGCAAGUGACUCAAUGUCAGAUAGGACCCUCAUCGACCUUUACAUACAAAUACACCGCUCGGCCUUCUGGAACGUUUUGGUACCACUCUCACAGUGGCGCUCAAAGAACAGAUGGCUUGUAUGGCGCACUCAUAGUCAAAGAAAAUAAAAAAAGGUUGAAACAAAUCCAAACUGAACUAAACAUUAAUUUUAAAGACAAACCACAUCGACACACCUUAACGCUUCUGGACUGGCAACUUGAGGCAUCCUUUGACCUGUUCACACAGGCCCAGGGACACUUGGGCUUUUAUCCAGACAAGCCGCUUGGCGAAGUACCCACUCCAGAUGAUCCAAAGUAUAAAGGUACACGCAGUUUUGACAAUGGAGGGACUGGGCCUAUUCCGUACUUUUCUGGAAUCAUAAAUGGCAAAGGCAGACAUGAUGACGUUAAAUACAAAAAAACAAGACUGCGCAUAUUCACUGUUAGGUCCGGAGAGACAUAUCGCUUUAGGCUUAUUGGAGCCCAAGGGCUUUAUUCUUACAGUUUCUCUAUUGAUGGCCAUAAACUGACCGUGGUCGGCACUGACGGCUACUGGAUUGAACCACAAAUAGAGGUUGAUUACAUCAUGAUCCAUCCCGGAGAGAGAUAUGACUUUCUACUGAGUGCAACAGAGACAACACUUAAAGACUACUGGAUACGUGCAGAGACUAUGGAAAUUGAUUAAAAUAGGAGCCGGCCACCCUACAAGUCACUAGGACAUGUGGCAGAAGCUAUUUUGCACUAUCAACAGAAUGACGACGGUUUGGAUCCGGAUGAUAAUGUACCAUCGAGUGAAUAUGAAAAAAUAAAAAACAAAUCUCCUCGCAGAGAGUGCACCCAGGAGAAUAAAUGCAAAGCGGUGAACUGCCCAUUUGAGAACUUUCAUCCUUCAUAUAACAUUAUCUGUACUAAUGUACGCGACCUGCGUUUGCUUGAACCCACUCCUCCUGGGGAACUUCCAAAUGCAAACCCCACCAUAGGAUGCCCAGAUUGCAGACAUUUCGUCAACUUUCAUUUUGAAGGUCAAUUUCAAACUAGUUCCGUUAAUGGGCGCAAUUUUAUUCUUCCGUCCUUUCCACCUCAGACCCAAUAUGACAAUUUUACAACAUAAGACACGAUGUGCGACCUUAGGGCUGACUGCAAUCCUUCAACACUCGAGUGCUCAUGUGUCCAUAUGAUCGACAUUCCGUAUAACAAAACUAUUCAAUUGGUGUUCUCAUCAAUUGGUGCUGCCCCCAGUGCUCAUCCAAUUCACCUGCACGGCCAUACGUUUCAUGUGGUUGCCGUUGGAUAUCCAGAGUAUAACAAAACCACUGGUUUUAUUCAAAAACGCAACAGUGAUAUAUACUGCGCUGAUAUCAACUGUGCUAAAAAAGGGUGUGGGAACAACAGUUGCACCAGACCAAGCUGGAGAACAGAGCCAAUGCAUUUUUCCAUCAAUGACCGCACGAUCAGAAAAGACACAGUUAUGGUCCCUUCUGGGGGCUACGUUGUCAUCAAUUUCCUUUCUGAUAAUCCGGGCCAGUGGUUUCUUCACUGUCACAAAGAAUUGCACCAACUUGAGGGAAUGGCAAUGAUUGUCAAUGAGGCUUUGGAGGAGCAACGGAAAUUGUACCCACCCAAAGGUAUGAACAAGUGUGGAGACUUUAUACUAUCAGAAAAAAAGUAAGUCUUAACAUUCUCAGAAGCUAUUAGUCUCAACAAAACUACUACUUGAAAACGCUUCUGCAACAAUGCAUGUGCCGAGAUCCAGAGUUAAGUAUUUUGGGCUGAAUUCAAAUCGAAUACCCGCUAACAAAAAGUAAGUAUUUUUGUAUCCUUAAGCCUGGUUCACACGUGCAAUGCAAACGCAAACGCAAACGCAAAUGCAAAGAUCUAAAUGUGCGGAGUACCCCAACGCAACUGUAAAUGCAAACGUAAGCGUCGAGGAAUGAAAACAACGCAAACGCAAAUGCAAAUGCAAGUGCAAGCGUCAACACAAGUAAUGACAAAUUUUAAUUUUUUUUUAAGCUUGCGGUUCCGUUUGCUUUC